UGAAUCUAAAUAUCCUAGAGUCUAUAUAUGAGUCGUUGGUGUUUCACUAUUUUGCCCCUUUUCCUGAUAUCUCAUCUACGGGAUGCCAGCUUGGGGGACCUGGAAGUGAUAUUUCCGACCUCUUUUGAGGAUGCAAAAAGACAAGCUCUGGUAACCAUGCAAAUACAGAUCCGAACUUCGAUUGACCAAAAGCUAGCUUGUCGGUGCCUAACAAAGAGCCUUUCUGAGCGUUCAUCAAGCCUUGCUUACAGUCUUCCGGAAACGGAAUUGGCGACAAAGAAAACAAAGGAUCUACUGCACUCAAGGAGUCAACGUAUAAAAGAUGGCGGUUAGUUUCUUUCCCUCUUCUUGCUCUAUCGACCGUAGCAACGACUUCUUUCCCCAAUCAUUGACACUGCUUCUCCGCGACGAUGUCAGGAAGCCCUUCGCGACAAUCCAAAAGGGUCACCGCAAAAGAAAAGAAAGUGAUAGAUGAGAGAAAAGCACAAGGCCUUCCCGAAGAUGGUAGCUAUGAUUUCAGACUUGAAGUCGAAAUGAUCCGAGGUAUUAGAACUCAACGCAAGAGGCUCAUACGCACAAAGGACAACGUGUCACUUGGAGUUUGGGCUUGCAACCAAGCUUGGGACUUGAAGAAAUUUUACCCUGGUCAGAUCAUUCGCGCGAUUAGGCCUUACUCAGAAUCCAACAUCGACGUCAAGUUUAAUGAACUUGGUGGGAAUAAUGGUAUGACUUCCGACGGAGGGGUCGGCGCGAAGAAUCGCUAUAUGAUCGUCUUGUGGAAGACCAACUAUGGGCUCUAUUGUAUACCUAUGUUCACGUUCAGUGGGGUUAUAUCCGUAAAUCACUUGGACAAGGACCGCGUAGGAGAACUCGUCACCAUGGUCACAGAAGACAAGAGGGAUGAAAUCAUCGACCACACGGCAUGGGCAGGGCUACCACUCAUCAUGAACCUCAACCCAUCGAUGCUCGGUGCGGCCCCGAGCCAAAUCGCUUACGCUGAUCUCAGUCGCCCUUAUUGGGUCGGCAAAACCGAGCAGAUAACAGACAAAGUUGGUUCGCUUGAUGGUGAUGAAUAUCUGCGUCUGGUUUGCCUGUUUGAGCAGAAGCAAAAAACUUGGAUCGAAAAUUCAUUCAAAGAAUUCGGUGUUGAUUAUAUCAACGUGCCUUCCAUCACACCCACUCCUCUGAGCGAUGGGAGAACAGACAGAGACUACGGACCCAACAUAAUGGUCAUGGCUGAUCAUGUAUUCAACGGGCAAUACAACUCCAAAUUCAAGGUGCAGAGAAUCAAGAAGAAACACGAUGAGGCGGCGAAAAAUCGCGGUGUUGUGAAGAAGUAGACUGAUCACGGAAGACGAGUGAGAUGCCAUUCUCUAUGAACCUCCGCACAGAUUCAUAGAAUGAGUUAUCGUAUUCGAAUCAAUGAAACUCAUUAUGGGUUCAGAUGAGGCAUUAU